CACACAUACACGCACACACACAGUAUGAGAGAGGGCGGGCUCUGUGAAUUGGGAUUUCAGCCUCCCUCCUCAGUUGACUGUCUGAAAGAGAGAGAGAGGGAUCAGAGAGGGACUAUAAGAGGAAAGAGAGAGAAGGGGAGCAGUGAAACGUGAAGUCAGAGGACAAAUCAAGACAUAACCAAGACGCAGGCGAGAGAGCGAGGGAGCCGGAGCUGAAGAGAGAGCAGUGAGGAUCUGAAUCAUUAAGAGGGGACAGACGCCGCAGUCUCAUUCAGACAGAUGAGGAGAGGAGUUCAGUCCAGUCAGUCAGUCAGUGGGAGAGAACUUGGAGCAGCCGCAGUGGAAGGAUAACGCAAGUGGACUAAAUUUCCCUGGGUGACCAGCAGUGACCACAGUAAACUCUCUCUUCCUCUCUCUGGCUCACACGCACACACACAGACACACACACACACAUUGAGUUUUGGGUGUUCGCUUAUCUUCCUCACUUGACCAGCGUGUGCAGGUGCGUGCGCACGUGUGUUUGUGUGUGUGUCGGGGAGGGGACACCCCUGGCUGCCUGAAGAAGCACGCUCUUGGAGGUGUGUGAGCUCUCUCUCGGUGAGAGUACGUGUGUGUGUGUGUGUGUGUGUGUGUGUGUGUGUGUGUGCCUGAGCUCCAUGGCAGCCAUGUGGCGACUGCUGGUGCUGACCACGCUGGCCCUGCUGAGGUCAAGUGCCACGCACGCCUGGAGAGCCGCACAGCCACGACUCCAGUUCACGCACGCCGAGCUGGUGCGUACGGGCCGGCUGCUGUCUCUGCCGCUGGUUGCGGGCGACCUGCAUGCACUGCUGCCGGACGAGGAUGGCCGCCGCCUCUACGUGGCCAUGAAGGACUACCUGGUGUCUGCUAACCUGGACGACAUAACGCAAAACCCCCGCAAGCUGUACUGGCCAGCUAGUCCGGAUCGGAUCCAAGAGUGUCUGAUGGCAGGAAAGGACCUGGAGCUGGAGUGUGGCAACUUCCUACGAGUGCUCCAGCCGUACAACGCCACCCAUCUGUACGUGUGUGGCACCGGCGCCUUCAACCCGCGUUGUGCCUUCCUCCCCACCAGCAUCUUCCUCAAGGCUGACCAGCAGACUGUACCGAUGGAGGAGAUGGAGAGUGGCCGAGGGAAAUGUCCCUACGAUCCCAACCAGAGAACAGCCACCUCCAUGAUCGAUGGACAGCUGUAUGCUGGCAUAUCAUCUGACUUCAUGAGCCGGGACUCAGCGUUUUUCCGGAGCCUUGGGGAGGGUCAUGUGGUCCGGACAGAGCAGUACGAUCCAACAUGGCUACAAGAUGCUCAGUUUGUGCAUGUGUCCCUGAUGUCUGAGAGUGAUAACCCAGAGGACGAUAAGGUCUACGUGUUCUUCACUGAGCGCGCCCAGGAGGCAGACAGCGCUGCUGGCAAGGUGCUCUACUCCAGAGUGGCCCGAGUCUGCAAGAAUGAUAUUGGAGGCCAGCGCAGCCUGGUGAACAAGUGGAGCACGUUCCAGAAGGCUCGCAUGGUCUGCUCCAUCCCUGGACCCGACGGCAUCCAGACCCACUUCGACCAGCUCCAGGACAUCUUCAUCCAGCACGGCAGGGACAAGAAAAACCCCCUCAUCUACGGCCUCUUCACGACCACCAGUGAUGUGUUGAAUGGUUCGGCGGUGUGUGUGUACCGCAUGCAGGAUGUGGCCCGAGCCUUCAAAGGCAACUUUUAUCACAGGGAUGGACCGCAGUACAAAUGGGCCGAGUUUACAGGCCGGGUGCCCUUUCCAAGACCAGGGACUUGUCCAAGCAGCACCUAUGGGAGUUAUCGGUCCACUCGCGAGUACCCUGAUGACGUUAUCUUCUUCAGCCGCACCCACCCUCUGAUGCAGGAGGCGGUGCUUCCGCUGGGUGGGCGGCCCUUAGUCAUAAGAGUGGGCGUGGCUUAUAAAUUCACCCGGCUGCUGGUGGACAGGGUGGAGGCUGUGGAUGGACAGUAUGAUGUCCUCUUCAUCGGCACAGACUCAGGGCUGGUGCUGAAGUCCAUCCCUCUGCCCAGAGAGCAUGGUCAGGACAUCACUCUGGAACAGAUGCAGGUCUUUAAGAAAUCGCCUGUGACUGCCAUGACAUUGUCUAAGAACAAGCAGUGGCUGUUUGUAGGGGCGGCGGAGGGGGUGGCCCAGCUGGGACUAUUCCAGUGUGAGCUGUACGGACAGGCGUGUCCAGAGUGCUGCCUGGCCAGAGACCCCUACUGCACCUGGGACGGACACGCAUGCAGCCCCUACAUGCCCAUCGCACGCAGGAGAAACACCCGGCAGGUGGAAGAUGCAGGGGAUCCUCUCAAUCAGUGUGUCAGACAAGGAGCUGGGCUGCAGGUAGAGACAGAGAGGAGGUCGAUAGUGGUUGCCGUGGGAAACAGCACUUACCUGGAGUGUCUCCCAAAGUCCCAUCAUGCCUCUGUGACCUGGUUGAAGGAAACAGGAGAGAACAGCGCUGAACUCCAUCAGGUGACGUCCGGGGAGAAGCUGGUGGUGAUUGACAGGGGGAUCCUCAUCCCGAGGGCAGAGCUUGUCCAUGGGGGUGUGUACCACUGCCAGCUGGAGGAGCAUGGCUUCCAUUGGACAGCAGUCACCAUUCACUUAAAAGUGAUUGGUCCCGCCCUGGUGUCCAUCCCCGCCCCUGGCUCCACCCAGUCCUGGUUCCAGGAUGUGAUGUCGCUGAUUCACCCGGGCGACCUGAAGCAGCGCUGUAGGGAGCUCAGCCAGCGGCGCCAUGGUAACCGGGAGCGGGAGCGCCACCGCGGGCGCAAGAGGGGUGACCGGCACAGGGAGGGAGGGAGGUCGGCAGGAGGAGGAGGAGGAGGAGAGGGAAGAGGGAGGAAGAACAGGAGCAAGGCACCAACUUCUGCUCAGAGACAGCCCAGGAGUACAUAGCGCUCACGAUGAAGUUGGUUUCUCUCUAACACACGUACACACACACACACACACACACACACACACACACACACACACACACACACACACUGACAUAAAAGCACACACAUACACACACAGACAUAUAAACACACACGCUGACAGAUACACACAAACACACUCACACUGACAUAUAAAUACAAGACACAAACACACCCACCUAAUCACACACACACACACACACACACACGCACACUACACAAAUAUACUGUACAGAGGCAUACAUCCAAAUACAGAUAUGUAAACAAACAUCAGUAUUCGACAUGCCCUCACACACACAACAAGGAAUACACACACUUUGCACAUGCUCAUCACCGACCACACAAGCACACACACUUAAGCUGAUGGACUAGAGUUGUGCUCGACGAAGGAUCGCCUUGUGGCGCCCGGUUGCUAAGCAGCGGAUUUUGAAGGACUGUAGGUGAAGUCUAAAGGACGUGGCCAGCGUGAGUGGGCCGUAGAGACUGGGAAAAAAAAACACAAAUCACGCUCAAAGAGAGACCGUAUCCGUCCCAUCUGAGAGCCAAGAGCCAAGGAGAAACCAUGAAGAUUGUACUCAAGAGAAGUCGGGGCGCGUCCUGGGCUGACCCUGAAGAGACUGGGGGUGUAAAGUAAAAGCACAAUAUCUUCUCUUCUCUGACAUGUUACACACACACACACACACACACACACACACAAAUGUAUUAUGCUGAAAUGUACGUACUUUUUCUUAUUUAACUGUUUUUUGUAUUUAUUUCUCUUUUUCUUUCAUAUUUCCUGUGAUUAUUCAUGACUCAAAAAAGAAAACAAAAAGGCUUGUUUUUAGUGGAAACGUGGGAAUGUCAGCUGUUAGAACGUGUUAUACUUAUUACACUUGUUGUUGAAUGUGAUGGCAAAGUGGCGAGGGUGUUCAGUUUUAUAUAAGCUUCAAAGGUGAUUGGAUGGCAUGCUUUUGCAAAUGAUGAACAAAAAGAAUCAGUCCAGUCCAGGUUUGUCUUUGUGAAACAUAAGUAGCCUACAGCACCACAGGCUGAAAGAUAAUCCCUGAUGUUCGGCUGGCCACAGUGAAUGUGGGUGGGUUGAGCGCUACCUGGUUUCUCAAGAUCAUUGGUGCUGGCUUCCUUUCAUGUCUGCUGAGCAAUUCUGUAUUGCAUUGUAACUCAAAAGGAAGCACCUUUUAUUGAUAAAAAGAGAGAGAAAAAAGAAAAUGGGAUUUAGGGUUCUGAAGAAGCCUGAAAAUCCAGGCUUUGAGAGCAGGAGGAAAUUAAAAAAUGCUGCCUGCUUCUCUAACCACAUAAAAGAGGUAAGAUGGAGAGGGAGGGGUGUGUGUGUGUGUGUGUGUGUGUGUGUGUGUGUGUGUGUGUGUGUGUGUGUCUGUGUAUGUCUGUGUGUGUCUGCCUUUGUGAACUGUAUGUAUGUUUAGAUGUGUGUGCGCGUGUGCGUGUGUGUGUGUGUGUGUGUGUGUGUGUGUGUGUGUGUGUGUGUGUGUGUGUGUGUGUGUGUGUGCCUUUCCUUAUGUGUGUGAGUGCAUACACAGGGGGCUGAAUGACGUGACUCCGACCACCCAAUAAUCUCUCCUUUGACACAGGAUGGAGUGUUUUAACUGUAGAUUAUCCCACAUAUGUGUGCAUGUCAUCCUCUCGCUGAUGUAAUUCUCCUCAAGAUGGCUGUGUCCUGUCCAGUCCCCUCCCCACUCCAUCACCCUGCCAUACACUUUUAACAUCUUUUAUUUGCUGCAGUGACUCUGUGAACGAAAUAAAGUGUUUUCAAUUA